AUGCAUUCUUUUACUACUCAUCUCUCCCUUCUAUUUGCUGCAUCGGCUACCCUUAUCGCCGCUCAAGAUGCCACAUCCCAAAGCACAAGCGGCAACUCGAACUGUGCUUCUCAAAAAGUUGUAGAUUCAUGCGUUGCGAUAAUGAAACGUGGACUCGCAAAGUGUGCCUCGAAUGAUUGGGACUGCAAGUGCUCGGGGGCUGCAAACAUUGCCAACUGUUACGUAGAUUGCUCCGAUGAUGACCCGGAUUCGUUCGCGGCCAAACAACUGAGUGUAAAUGAUUGCGCUACCGCAAAUGCAUACGACCAAGGAGAGACUACCGUCGCACCCUCGUGGACUCUUCCUGGAUCAAAUGCGGCACAGCCAACCGACACAGAUGCUACUUUGACCACUAGUAGCAGCUCGUCUACUACUGCCGGACCGACUAAAACCUUUGCGAAUGAGAAGUCGACGAGUCCAUCAGAGGGAGCUGCGGUUGUGAAUGAUGCUGGUAGUUGGAUGGCUCUUGUGGUUCUAGGGCUAGGGGCUGCAUUUUGA